AUGGAUGAGGUUCCCAUCACAAUAGGAUUCCAGGACGUCAUUACGCCAGAGGCCCUUUCCAUACACUGGAAAUGGAUCAAAGACAUUGAAAAUGAUGUCAAGUCAAUCACUGUUUCCUUCAGGCCCUACGAUGAGACCUACACGAGGGAUUUCCCCCUCGAGGAUAUGAAGCUGGCCGAAACAUGUAACGUCACGAUUCUCAAAAGCGUGAAGAGGAACACUCAACGCAUAUCGAAAUUGUUCAAGGCCAUUGGUGAGUUCUCCCGGCGCGUUUUCUUGUCAUCUGAGCGUUCCUUGGUGAUGGACGUGGAGGACCUCAACGGGGGAUUCCUUCCCCGCUUAUUCACGAUUCUAUCGUGUCAGGCUCUGCAUCGCGAAUGCAAGAAUGAGGCGAUCUGUGAGGCUGUUCGGGCCUCACACGUCAUUCAUGCCAUUUAUGAGGAGUGCUGUCAAUCACCGAAGACGAUUCCCAUCUUCGUUGUGGUUGAUACUGAGAAGAGAAAGAUGGCUCUUGCGAACAUAAUUUCAUCCCAAUACGAUUCCAUUCCUGUCCUCUUUCACGACUCCAGCUAUAAAUUUGAUUACGCUAGUGACCCUGACAGGAAUAACAUAUGUUGGCCCUUGCGUGGGAAGUCAGCCCAAUGCGGCUCCUUCCACCUUUUCAUAGUCACCGAAAAAGAAAUGAUGGGAUGCCAUCCAAAGAACGUUAUAAUAGUUGCAGAUUUCCCAAAUUCGCAGUGGAUGAACUACUCUCGAUUAAUAGCAACCACUGGUUCAGGAAACAAGAUCCUACUAAUUGAGGGUGAAGAGUUGAGAACUGGGAGGUUUUCUCGCGUCACAAAGGAUAUAUAUGGAUGGAAUAUCAACGAGGAAAACAUGGAAAAUGACAGAAAUCUCAGGCAAAGGCUGGAGACAGCAUUUUCUCGUUUUGCACAUUUUUCUCUCUUUCCGAAGGGAGGCAUGGGAUAUUAUUAUAGAGACAUACCAACAUAUCCCCAACCUUUCCCUGAAAUGGAUAUGGGCCAGGAUGAAAGGAUGGAAGAUGACAAUGAGGAAAUUGAGAAACUGUUCAGAGGUUCUGGAAAAGGUUUAGAGAAUACGAUUGAACGCAGGAUGAUUGGUAUAUUCGGUCCCCCAGCUUCGGGAAAAUCCAAGUAUGUGGAUAUGCUGAUAAGGCAAGCUGCAGAACAUGAGGACCAAGUCCUUCUCCUACAUCCCCAAGGUCAGCUGUAUCCAGAAUUUUUUCGGCAGCGCUGGGGAAAAAAUCGGAAUAUGGAAAUUAUAUAUUAUUCAACCAAGGAGAUCUCUCUUCAGGAGAUAAUCGAACUCAAUGUGAUGGAAUUUCAGAGUAAAGAGGGAACAAGUCCCUUUAUCGUCAUUGUUGAGGAUUGUCCAUUCAAGGAGUUCGAACCCAUCAAGAAAAUAUUGAAAGGAUUUGACGUUAACCUCCUGAUGUUCCUCAUAUUCAAACCUUAUUCAGAUGACGCCCUCUCGGUUGAGACAGCCAUCGAAGUCCUGAAAGAGGACCCAGAGUGCACUGCGAUCGUAUUUAGGUCACAGCCUACCAACGUGUCUCUCCUGAAGCACAUUCAGCAGAAUGAGACUCGAACUGCUCUGAAGUUGCAAGUGAAGAGUCUUUCCGUGUCUUCUCAGCCUGCUGCCAUUGUCUUGGGCUCGCCUGUUCUAUUCCUCCUCUACGAGUGCUCGGGGCGACAUUUGGGGUACAUGUGCAAAGGAGGGAAGUAUUGCACUGGUUAUGCAAGAGUUGCAUCCUCCCUCUCUCUAGCUGCACUUCAAGGGAAAACAGACGAUCAGCCUCACAUCUUAGGAGUAGAUUGGGAGCCAAAGCACAGGCCCCCAGUGGCGUUGAAGAUCCGGAGUAAAGGAGUCGGACUCCUUGAGUCCCUUUCCGUCAGUCUCACGGGGUCGCUCCUGCAUCUUCCUCUUCUCAAGAAAAGAAUAGAAGACGAAGAUCACUCGAGUUUACCUGUGUCGAAAGGCUCAGAUGCUGGGUCCAUGUCAAAUGGAGAAUUGGAGUCAAAUAUAUCGGACACGCUUCUUCAUCAAAUCCAACUGGCAGCAAAUAUAUUCAAGAGGUCAAUAGUACUCAUUGGAGAUGGUCUAUCUUGCACCUUUCGUCCUGAAGAUGAAGGAGAUGGGGAAGUGGAUUAUAGAGGUAUUUUGCUCUUUGCCAGAAGAAACCUCCAGUCCAGGCGUGAUGACAGCCCUCCGCCCAUCUCCAUCCUGCCUAUUGUGCCUCAUUGUAAGCCGUGCCACGUGAAGGCGUUGAAGGAGUGCGGGGAGAAGGCGAUGGGGGAGAUGAUGGAGGACGAGGAUCGACCGCCCUGGGAGAAGUGUCAGAUCAAAGAGGACUUCCUGCGAUGCAUGGUGGAGAAGAAGAAAGAGGAAUGUCACGCCCAAGCCGAGGACGUGAACCCGGAUCAGGUCCGGGACUUCCGUCGUCGCCUCAUGAAGGAACUCCAGAGGGCUCGCGGCUGCUACAUUCCGCAUUGAGCCUGUCUCGAUCGUUUUUUUUUGUGUUCUCUGUGGCGUGUCCUAUUUAUUCGCGUGAUGAUGGGUCGAUGUUCCAUUAAAAUGGCUUCGCCUUCCCU